CUUCAACACUUUGGUUAUGCUACAGAGAGAGUUACACAGCUCAGCAGCAAUGGUAGGCUAUGCAUUGCAAGACAUCCAGUAGCUGGCUAGGAAGUUAUUGGAAAACCAAACACCAAAAAGAAAUGUGAGCAAACGUGAACGAAUGAUGAUGAUGUGUGGUCUCUGUAAGAUGCACAGCUGAGGAAGCGGCACCAUGGAAACAAAUGAUGCAUCUGUGCAAUAUGACGAUAGAGCCGAUGCUUGCGUGGUCUCCGUCAAGGGCUUAACUGAGAACUGGCAAAAGUGGUCUGCCGAACACCAGCAAUACCAAAAACACAACCCUUUCAGCAAUGACACAGCUACCGUCACCGUCCAACUUCACCGUGGUCAAGAGGGCUAUGGAAAACCGCCGGAGGGCUCCAAGACAGAGCAAAGAGGCAAAGACGCUCAGUCUCACAUUUGCAGAGAGGUGGAGGAACUGAGUUCAGUGAUCAAGGAAAUUGGCCUCCCCCGUGAAGAGGACGGGAAGAUUACGGUGGAGUUUGGAACGCUGUUUGAGCAUUAUGUUACCAUCUCUAACAAAUUAGUUGGCGUCCUGCUGCGCGCACGGAAACAAGGGCUGGUCCACUUCGAAGGAGAGAUGCUUUGGCAGGGACGUGAUGACCGCGUAAUCAUUACACUACUCUAAUGAACACGAUUGCCUGAAGCUGUCAAAAAGCACAACCUAUUCUGAUAUAAGAGAUUACAGGUUUACAUCUCAUGGAUGAAAGUGAUAUAAUUAUAUAAUAGGUCAGGUACAGCACAGACUGUAGCAAACGUGUGGAAUAAUGCAAUGCUUAAGAAAAUGUUCUGCUGUAAAAUUCCUUAAAGUAUUAAAACAACAGAACAAGCUAUGUAUGACAAAUAUGGUGCUUAAGAAAAGUGUCCUGUGGGAAAAUUCCAGAAUAAUCUUGAGAACUCUUUCACAUAUUGCCAACAUCACAGUAGUAGGGAAAAUAAAUGUAAGUCUUUAGAAGUUGUCAUUCUCGUUUGACUGUUUUGAAAUGUAUUCAUAAACAUUUCUGCAAUAUAUCAGUUUCCAUUGUACUGACUCUAUGGGCUCACUGCAUUGCCAAAUUUCACACUGCAUUCAGUUGUGCAAUAUUAGCAGAUACUAAACCGUAGGAGCGUAUUCUCAGGCUGGAUAUAAAUGGUCUCAUUCUCUGUCAAGCUGUCUGAUUAAAAGGAA